AAGAUCAUCGGCGUCUCGGUGGAUCGUGAAACGUCCUUCUCACGGUGGAGGGUGACAAAUACAAAGAACUCAUUUUAAAGAGUGCUUCACCGGUGCAUUAUUAACAGUUGAGCAGCCACACGUUGAGUUCGCGCUACGUUCACGUUUGAUUCAAGUGGCCGCUGCAGCUUUGAGUGACCCCACGUUUUUAAUGCUCUCACACAAGAUGCUCCGGGAGUCCACAGCACAUGAAUGCACCGUCUGUAUCGGCCCUCUGACCACCUGCAGACUUUUCCUGUCGCAUCCUGGAACAGACGCCACUUUAUUUAUCGGAACCCAAACACACCGCGGCGCUGGAACGGCUUCAUCCUUUCCAAACAUGAGCAGGUUACGGAGCGUGUGGACGUGAGUUGGGACGGAGCUUAUCCCGCAGCCGCUCCGUCUCCCCUGACAAAUGACAGACUCCAGGGUGGCCUUAAUGAGGGAUCGGUGGCCUCAGUAACGCGUAGGAAGGCGAACACCCGGAGGAGAAGAGGGUUCAAGCGAACGGCGGCAGCACGAAAGCAGCGCGAGAAGAUGUCUCGAACCGAGGAAGUCAACAAGAUGACGGAAAACGUCUACAAGGGGAUUCUGGACCAGUUCAACCCGAGUCUGAAGAACUUCGUGACCAUGGGGAAGUACUACGAGAAGGCCCUGACAGGCGUGACCGUGGCCGCCAAGGGCUACUUCGACGCUCUGGUGAAACUGGGCGAGCUGGCGAGCGACAGCCAGGGCUCCAAAGAGCUGGGGGACACGCUGUUUCAGAUGGCCGAGGUCCACAGGCAGAUUCAGGUGCAGCUGGAGGACGUGCUGAAGCUGUUUCACUCCGAGCUGCUCGCCCAGUUGGAGCAGAAGCUGGAGCUGGACAUCAAAUACCUCACAGCCACCUUAAAGAAGUACCAGAGCGAGCGCCGGUCCAAGUCGGAAUCCAUCGAGCGCUGCCAGUCGCAGCUGAAGAAGCUGCGCAGGAAGAGCCAGGGCAGUCGGCACCCCAACAAAUACGGAGACAGGGAGAUGCAGUUCGUGGAGCUGAUGAGCCGCCGCCAGGCCGAGCAGGACGCGCUGGUGGCGUCCGGCUACAAGUCCGCGCUGACCGAGGAGAGGCGGCGCUACUGCUUCCUGGUGGACAGGCAGUGCUGCGUCACCAAGCUGCUCAUCAACUACCACUCCAAGGUGCGGGAGCUCCUGUCGCAGAAGCUGUCGUCGUGGCAACAGUCGUGCUCUCAGCCGACCAAACUCCCGGAGAGGGCUCUGAACCUGCUGCGUCACACCGCUCCCCAGGGCUCCGGCGCCGCCGGCAUCGCCGAGGUCCUGCGCCAGGCCCGGCUCGGCCCGGAACAGAGGCUCUCGGUGCAGGAGGUUCCGCCUCUGCUGAACGGCGACCCGGCCCGGUCCCAGCGGCCGCGCUCGCCCCCCUCCUCCUCCCACGGCGACGCCUGCGCUCCUCAGGACUCCCCGCAGACGCUGCGCUCCUCCUCGUCCGCUGGAGGAGCCGCCGGGGGCUCGUCGCGAGGGGCGUCCCCUCAGCACGCCGGCGGCGCCGCCGGGCCCGCGGCCUCCGCUCCCGCCUCGUCCGGCAGCUCCGGCUCGGCCCAGCAGAACCCGCUCCUCCUGAGCACCAACACGUCCAACCUGUCCCCGAGCCUCAUCCCCUCCACGGUGAUGUCGCUCCCCCAGGUCCCUCCGGUGAGCGGCUCCUCGCACGGCAUGACGCUCCCCAUCCAGCACAGCGCCCCCCACAGCCCCCUGCUGCCUCACAGCGCCCCCCUCUCCAGGGCCCUGACCCCGGUGCAGCUGCUGCACCAACAGGUGGGAGCGGGGGGAAGCAGCACCUCGUCGCCGUCCCACAAUCCGUGGACGCUGAAGGUUCCGGAAACGUGCUCCACGGCGACGCUCCCGCUGCCCAGGAGGCCUGUUAGCGAAAUGAGGCUGGGCGGCUUUCAGGGCUCCAGUCUCCCGAGGACGCUGCCGCUGUCGGAGCCCGCGCGCGUGGAGGCCAUGUUCCCUCACACUCCCGGGGCGUCGGAGGGCGGGGGAGUCGGCGGCGGGGCCUGUUUGCUGCAGUUCCUGCCCGGCGACGGCAUCACCCUGCUCAUCUCUGAGCCCAGAGACGGGUGGCACUACGGGCAGAACGAGCGCACUGGACGGAAAGGCUGGUUUCCUUUCGCCUACACGCAGCCUCAGCACAGCAAGCUGGAUGCCCUCGAAGGCUCUCUCUUCUUAUCUAAAGCUAACAGCACCAGCACCGGCCAGCUCGACAAGCUGGUGUCCGCAGGUCUGCCGGCCCUCACCCCCGAUUCAGAGGAGGAGCGCUGCCUUCCUCCCCAGAGGGUCAGCACCUUCCGCCCACGGCCGUACAGCAUGGCCGACAGCAGUAAGAUCACCUCAGAUUUGGUCUCUCCUCCACCGUCCCCAACCAGGCCAAAUCCAUUCGCCCACGUUCGACUCAGAAGAACUGUCACCAACGACCGCUCGGCUCCCAUCAUCGAGUAAGUGGUGGAUUCCAGAGCGGCGGUCCUGUUCUCCUCCUGGUGCAUCAAGUCUCAGGCUGAAUCCUGGCAACAGCACAAUGGCUCAUGUAGUAUUUGCAGUCUGUCACAGAUGUGCAGAAAUAGAAAAGUUUAAAAUUAAAGUUUAAAAUAUGAUCUGUUAUGUGACCACAGACCACUGUGAAAGAAGAGUAAGUAGAAGCAGAACCGAAAAUGUAGACUAGUUCUUAUCAAAUAGCAGUAUGUAUGUUUUAUCCUUAGCUCAUAGCUGAUUUAUUCUUGUUCAGAUUAACACUUCUAGGUUUGUCCUGGCCUCUAAAGGAUACUUCUUGGUUCUUUUGUUCUCUGUUCAGUGCAAUUCAUUCUCAACUAACCAUUAAUUUACUUUUAUUUUGUGCCAUAUUGGUGGUUUUUCACCUUAACUAUUAUAAAGUGUUACAGGAAGAGGACAGGCUCCUGCUCUAAAAGUGCUAUUAUGUUGUUUUUUUAAAGCUGCCAGGUAGUUGCAUUUUUGUGGUCUUAAUGGAAAUUACCUUAAAUUUAUUCAUGAUGUAAUCUUUUGCAAAACAUGAUGUUAAAAGAGAUAUUUUACUAAUACUGACACAGAUUGACUGAGCAUGGGCCAAGUUUAUUAAUAGUCUUUGUCAAUCAAAUCUGUUUUCUGUUGCCAUUCACCACAUCAUAUGCAGCUGCUGUAAAGUUACAUCUACAUGCUGUAAAGUGUUGUUUAAUUGUAGAUGUUUGGAUUAAAUGAACGUUUUACGAAAGCUCAGGCUUAAACGUAAAACACAUUCCAUCUAAAACAUAAUUCGGUGGAAUCACUAGAGGAAAUUCUUACAAGGCAAAAAAGGAAAAGCAAAGCUCAUUGGCUUCACAGACAGUAUCUCUGACACUUAAUAGAUGAACGAUCGCUUGAUGUUUAUUAUCAAAGGUUUUUUCUUAGAAGGUAGGUUUUUUUGGAGUUUUGAAAGUUGAAAGAAUGAGAGAUUUGCGUGCUUAGUCUUGAUGGCAUCUUGAUUCCCCUUCAGUCCUAAAACAGAGGCUUUUCAGCAGCCAGGCUAGAUAAUAUUAGCUGUGUUUACCAAUCAGACUGAGCAGAAUCUUCAGAAGACGCGUGAAUGCCAAGGCAGACGGUGCAAACUGGGUUUUAGUGUGGAGAUGAAUUUUAGAAAGUGAUGAAGAAAGCAAAUGGGAAGUUGAUCAACGUCUGAGUAAGUGAUCACGGUAAACUAAAGAAAUCCAAAGUUAAGUUCCAUAGUUCUGUGUUCUCUUAUACUGUAGUUUCUCAUUUUAACAAUUCAAUUGAUUACGCACAAAGUAUUGUAGGAAAUCAUUUCUAACAUCAGAGAAAGUACAGCAUUGUUUAUAAGUAACAAACAUGUCAGUAAAAUAAAGGAGCUGAUGCCUACUUGGUCUUGUACGUUUUGCAUGAUUUUGUAGGAAGUUUAUUUGACUGUAUAAAAAUGUUUCACUUUAGCAGAAGAUUAUGAUUACACAGAAGUCACUGUCAGACAUUUUUUUUACAACUGAAAAAUCCUGAAACAAGACUUUUUAUUCAGAACAACAUAUUUAAACUGUGUAAAGUUUGGUUCAAAUAUGCACUGAAAAUCAAAUAAUCAACUAACGUCACCUAUUUAGAACAAAAUGAAAUAUAAGAUGUGAAUAUGUGAAACAAGUGUAGUAUAUAUGUAUCAAUGCAAUCAGGAGAUUGAGAAUAUGUAAUAUAAGCGUGUGUUUACAGGAACACUGUCACUAAAUGCAUCCAAGUCCAAACUCUUCUCCAAAAGUAAAAUAUUCUUUUACAUUAUGACAAUUUCAGAUAGCUCCUUGGUUCUGCUACAAUUGCUACAAACACUGUUGUUGUUUUUUAAAGUGCAUUAAUAUAAAUUUUAGCAAAAAAUAAUGGAGUAAAAAACUGUUGAAGAAAAUGUCUACACCAGAAACACUGAACAAUGUUGUCAAAUAAAAAGGCUAUGAAUA